AUGAGUGAAAAGAGAAAGAGAGACGACCAUUCCGACUCGGAAGAGGAGGAAGAACGUAUUCCUCCUAUUUCUGCUUCAAAAUUGCAAGCAUUCACAGUAGGUAGCAAAAAGAAAACUGCUUAUCAAAAACACAAAGAAGAAACCGACUUGAAGAAGCAGCAAGAAUCUUUGGAAGCAGCUAAAGUGUAUGCCGAUUUCGUAGCUUCGUUUGAAGAGCCUAUUCCUUACAAGCUAGGAAUGACAUCGUUUGUUAAAUCAGGUACCUUACAACCAAGAGGUAACUUUUUUCUUUCUCUUGUUCAAAAAAAUUAUUUCAUAGAUCUUGUCAGUGAUAAUACCUUUAAAAAAUCAACCUUUAAACCCAUGCCGUUUGUCAGAGCGGGAGAACCAGCUUCUGCGCCAAUAACUGUCAAAAACUUGGCCGAUUCCGACGACGAAGAAGAUUCAUUAGCGAAGCUGAGAGAAAUAAAAAUGCAGAAAAAGAGAAACUUGGAUUCAUUUCUGGAAGAGAUCAAAAAAGGACAGGAGAUACGCUCGAAAGUAGAAGAAGGGGUGCCAUCUACCCAAGACGAUGCACUAAAUGACGAUAGUAAUAACCCAAAUUCAACCAAUCUGUAUGUGGGAAAUAUUAAUCCCACCGUCACUGAAACUGGGUUGUGUCACGAAUUUGCGAAAUAUGGAGCCAUCGCAUCUGUCAAAAUCAUGUGGCCUCGCACACAAGAGGAAAAGGAUAAAGGAAAUAAUUGCGGGUUCGUGAGUUUUAUGACAAGAUACGAUGCAAAUGAGGCUAUCAAGCAUUUGGAUGGAAGGGAGCUUGAAGGGUUUCCUCUUCGUGUCGGAUGGGGUAAACCUGUACCGUUGCCUGCACAACCUAUCUUUGGUAAGCUAAAGCAAAAGUAUAUUCUCGUAUACACUCACAGAGUAUUGACUGUUUUACAAAAAGUACUGGAUAAGAAAAUAUCAGCCCAAAAGACUGGACUUGCCUUCAAUGCACAGAUUAAUCCCGGUUUACCUGGUGUAGUAAGUUAA